CAAGUUUUAGUUCUUUUCAUUCUUUUUCUAAGUAUUGUUGGCUGCAUAAGCAAAAUGGCAAGCUUAGGGAAGCUGGGGCAAUUGCCUUUACUUGUAACUGCUUUGGCAAUUUGCUUUAUAGCCAGCACUGUUGUUGCUGAUUACUCUUAUGGGUAUACUUCUCCCUCAACUUCUUACAAUUCCAAGAAGUAUUACAAAUCACCAUCUUCACCCAAGUACCCAGUACCUACUCCUUACUAUAAGCCACCUGCUAUUGCAAAGCACUACUACAAGUCGCCAGUUUCUGUAAAAUACUACAAGUCUCCAGCUCUCGUAAAAUACUACAAGUCGCCAGCUCCCGCAAAAUACUACAAGUCGCCAGCUCCCGCUAAAUAUUACAAGUCGCCAGCUCCUUCAAAGAACUACUACAAGUCGCCAUCACCUGCAAAGUACUACAAGUCACCAUCCCCAGCAAAAUACUAUAAAUCGUCAGCUCCCGCAACAUAUUACAAGUCCCCAGUUUACUAUAAAUCUCCACCACCACCAACUUAUUAUCAGAAAUCACCUUCAUAUUACAAGUCACCUCCACCUCCUCCAAAAUACUCUGAGCAAUCACCUUAUUACAAGUCUCCUCCACCUCCACCAACAUAUUAUGAGCAACCAUCUUCAUACAGUUCUCCACCACCACCACCAGAAUACUAUGAGCAAUCACCAAUCAAUUAUAAGUCUCCACCUCCACCAUACUACAAAGAAUCUACGCCUUCUUACAAAUCUCCUCCACCUCCACCUAAAUAUUAUGAGCAAUCACCUAUAACUUACGACUUACCAUCUCUGCCAAAGAUCAAUGAAAAAUUGCCCUCAUACUACUCACCUCCACCGCCAACGAACUACUAUAAGCAAACUCCCGUUUAUGCCUCACCUUCACCACCUGCAAAAUACGAGCAAUCUGCAACCUAUGCUUCACCUCCCCCAGCAACCUACUACUAAUAUUGAUCAAACCAUUCACUUCAAACGAUUUUUAGAUCCUUUUCAUCCUCCUAUUUGGAGGAUUUCUAUUUUCUUUCCAAAAAUCUUAUGUGUGCUUCCCCAAAGGGUCGGCUUUUCUUGCUGUGUCCUCAUUUUAAUUUAUAAUCUGCAUUAUUUGUUAUUCAAGUAAGAUCCUCGAGAUCUCCAACAGUUUGGCUCAUUGUAUCAAUUAAGCUCCUUUCGGUGUAAUCUCUUGAGAAUUUUACUUUAAUUGCUUAAUACUAUCUUCUUCUUUAUUACAA